CUCGCUGGUAACUGGAAUAGCAAUCCUGGCGAUAGUAAGAUGAACAUUGCAACUGCAACCACCACUGGCCCCCAAUCUGCUACCAUCUUUAUUUCGAGUAUGGUGCCUCUCUCUCAAGAAAUAUUUAACUAGCUUUCUAACGCAAUUGGAAGGGAUCUAAUACGAGAACGCCCAAGUCAGACGGCACACUGUUUGACAUAUUGGAUUGACGAAAUGGGUUUUCAUCAUAAUUGGGCUCUUAUCUUUUUUCAACAUUCUUUCAUCUGCAGAUAGACAGACCCAUUUAUGUUUGGUUGGGCUGCUAUCUUGCUAUCUAAACCUGUAAAAUUUGCAACUACAUUAUAUUCUUACAAUGGCCCAAGCCCACAUAGGAGACUGCCGUGCCGUCCAGGAGUAGAGUUGAGAUUGUUCUCAAUUGUUGCGUGGCCGGCAAUCGUGUCAUUGCCGUUCGCUAUCAACUAAUAAUGCAAAUCGUUAUACGAAUACUAUAUUUGUCUGACGGUGCGAUUAUUUGAUUUGUUACGCAUUGUCUAGUUUGGCUUGUCCUAAAUAUGCUGAAAUAGAUAAGCCACGCGGCCACGCCACGGCUCUAGUGAUCAAAAAUAAAAAGCUGGAAGUUCCAUGUCUAUUAACUCUUCCAAAAUUCUCUGAAGAUUAUUGGGUUUUCCUUCUUUUCUUCACUUUUCCCUUAUCUCCACACGACUAAUCACAGUAACAGAGAUGUCUGAUUGGGGACCAGUUGUAAUAGCAGUUGUUCUGUUUGUGCUGUUGAGCCCGGGCCUUCUGUUCCAACUCCCAGGAAACAGCCGGGCCGUAGAGUUUGCCAACUUUCAGACAAGUGGACUCUCCAUUUUCAUACAUACGCUUCUCUUUUUUGGCUUCAUUACCAUCUUCCUUAUUGCCAUUGGUGUCCAUAUUUACACCGGCUAGCUUGAAUUUAUCUCAUUUGCUAGUCACUUAGUUACCUUCUUUCAAUUAGCAUUUGCGAGCCAGUCCUUUCAAUUCUUGGUUUGCUAAGAGUUAGGCUUGUUAUGGCCUGGGGCUUUAAUCCUCUAUUACUGCAAGCCGAUGUUCUACACAUGGCCAGUUCUUCAUAAGCAUUUUAAUUGUUCUGUUUUUCCCUCAUCCAUUUUACAGCAUUAAGCUCCAAUUCUGUAUUCAUUUAUAUAGGUCAUGGUGUGCUCUGAUACUCUUCAAUACUAGUACGAUAUUUUGUGUUUAA